AUGAAAUUUAAAACUGUAUACUUGGUAUUCUUUAUGGUAUUAUUUGAAUCUUGUCUGAGUCUAAAAGAAGUUAGUUUAAUAAAUUUCUUAGAAAUUUCAAUUGACUUACUCUUUUCAUCUUCAUGCUCUCCUAUAUUAAAUUCAUCUUCAUGA